UUUUGUUUACGUCUGCUGACCUACGGCGUAUAUGACAGUCGUUGUGAAAAGUUUUCCCGCGAUUUGGGCUUGGUUACCGUAAGCGUAAAAUUUAAUUCGGAUCAAUUACCAACUGCUGGGCUUUCUGAAUCCUCCUGUCGACCUAUUCCGAUUAGAAUGGAGUCCGUUGGCCGCAAGAGAAUGCGCUCCGAGGAAGCCUCAUUCGUGCCACAGUCCAAGUAUUACAUAAAUCAACAAUUGAUUGCUGCCCGGGACGAGGAAAAACUUCGCGAAAUCCAUGAUAAAACCAUGAACCUGCUGUUCCGGGGAGCAAAUAAUUUCCACAACAACAACGCCAACGUGAAUCUGAUGCGGAGUUUCUAUGUUAUCCAGAAAAUCAGAUUGGUUGGCAACGGGACGAUCGCGUUUGAAGGGGAUGAAAAGCCGUCGGGGUUUCCAGUGGAUCGUGUCGAGUCCAAGUGCUGCAAGAAGGCGGCCCUGAUCAACUGGGAAUGUCGGAAUUGUAAUUUAGUUGUUUGCGAAUUUUGUGCCUACAGUUGCUUUUACUGUUCUGAACUGUUAUGCGGAGCGUGUGUUACUUUGUUUGGAUGCGGUACGACUGAUAACCCAUGCUGUGAUCAAUGCAAAAUGUUCUCAUAGACAUAGAACUAAGAAUAAUCUAAAAAUUUAGGCGGUCCUGUGACGCGUCAAUGGAAUAAUAUUUUCGUCUGGUCCUAGUUUCUCUUUGUAUUUUUCGAAACAGAUAAUAUUGAAUGCUAUUCGUAGUUAUUCUGCACGUAAGGACACAUGAAAGUUUUAAUUUAAAUUGUUGCAAUAUUUUUGAUAAUUUAUUAUAAAUACUAAUUGUUAUGGUCAUCAAUGUACUCGACUUAUAGAGCUUAAUUAUUUAGUUAUGGAAGAUAAUAGAUUUGAAUGAAGAUAUUUUGGUAAUUA